AUGCAGGAAGAAGAUUACGAGGCAAGAGCAUCUAGUUUGAAGAAAGCUGUAAAGACGAUGAUACAGAAAGUAACGGGCAAUCCAUUGAACAGCCUUGCGCUGGUUGACAAUUUGCAGAGACUCGGAAUAUCGUAUCAUUUUGAGGAAGAAAUAAAUCAAGUCUUGGAGCUGAUUUACGAUGAUCACUUCAAAACUCAAGAGCAAUGGAAUGGAAUGGAUAUGAACCUUAGGGCCCUUGGCUUUCGACUACUCAGACAACAUGGUUAUCAUGUUCCUCAAGAGAUUUUUCACGACUUUAAGCACAAGACKGAACAUGUUAAAGGGGAUAUUGAUGUGGUGGGAAUGAUAAACCUGUACGAGGCUUCUUAUCAUUCAUUCGAGGAUGAAAGCAUCUUGGAUGAUGUUAGAGACUUCACCACGGAAUAUCUAAAACAAAUUCGAGAUACGAUUGAUGGAAGUAGUAGUUUAUGGUCAUUAGUAAGUCAUGCUUUGGAGUUUCCACUGCAUUGGAGAGUACCAAGAGUAGAGGCCAAGUGGUUUAUAGAAGAAUGCAAGAAAACAAGUGGUAUGAUUGAUCUCACAUUGAUGGAGCUUGCAAUAUUGGAUUUUAACAUGGUCCAGGCUAUCCACCUUCAAGAUCUAAAAUACUCAUCAAGAGCUAUGAAUUGA